CAUCCGUUUUUCUUGUUGCUGGGCAGGUAAACAAAUGUCACACCGGUUCACGCAUAUUUUCUUACCAUGUCGUAAAGCAGACACAUGUUUAUGAGCGAUGCAAUGGAUUGAAUGACAGAACACCUGUUCGACAAUUUUAAUGAUCAGUGUUAUGUUGGUUAACUGAAGAGGAGAAAAUGUCGGACUAUGAUUACAGCGAUUCCUUUAUCAGCGACGAGGAUGAUGCCCCAAGAGCAACCAAAAGUACGGGGGGCAGGAACUUCAGGAAGUACAAACCAGAUUCCAAGAGUCAAACAUUUACUGAAGUCUACUAUCCUAAAAAGAAAGUUGGUGGACACAGGGGCGGCCGAGGCCGGGGUGGCAGAAAUACUAUGGGCCGAACAUCAGUGGCCAACUCCGAACCCAAAAUGGACGGCGUUGUUCAGAGAAUGAUGUCUGCCAAAAACCUAAAACUGAACGAACUCAGGAACCAGAUCGAGGACAUGCAGACAGCAUUCCGGGACCUCAAAGAGGAGAACAAGCUCCUCAAGAAAAUGCAGCACCGACAAGAGAAGGCCCUCGUAAAGUACGAGGAAACCGAGGGCGAGCUUCCACAGAUCAUUGCCAGGCACCAAAACGAGGUGCGAACGCUGAAGGAGAACUUACGUAAAACACGGGAGAAAUACGAAAGGACGGAUCGCUACCUCAGGGAUGCCGAGGAUGAACUUGACAAGGUCAAGGGCAAGUUAAAGCGGUACAAGUCUCUGGCCGACCAAAAUAAUCUGAAGGAGAGGGACGAGCUUCAGAAGGAGAACCAGAGGCUGCAGAUAGAACUGGAGGAGAAGGAAAUCAGGGUCAAGGAUCUGGAGAAACACAUUGUAAAUCUGAACAAAAAUCACAGGCAUGAGCUGGGGAUAGAAAUGGCCCGGAACCGAGACCUAACCAAGCAGAUGGAUAGCCUCCGAGAUCAGAAUAAUCAGCUGGAAAAACUACUCAAGGAGAAAGACAAAGAACUUCAGAUCAAGAAUAUUUACGCUAACCGUUCCCGUGCCCCUCAUCGGCUUCCGGCUUCCUAUGGGGGAACCCCACACGACACACCCCCACCUAAAGCAAGAAAAAGGGCACCCUCACUGCAAGAUCUGACCCCCAGGGAAAAGGUCAAGUUGUAUGAGGAAAAAAGGAAAGAGGAGGAGAGAAAGCAGAAAGAGAACUCGCAGAGCAAGGGGUAUUCUACCUCAACAGAAUAUGCCCCUGCCCCCACCUGGAGACGCCCUGCCCCUGGGGAUCACGAGUACGAAUCAGCCAAGGAAAAUAAACCUCCCCUGCCCAGUACGGGUAGAAAACCGUUUGGCUUUAAAUUCCCUGGUAGCACCGCUCGACCAGAGAAAGAACUAGAGGAGUUUGGGGCAGCUAUUGCAGAUGAGCAACAAGAGAAAAGUCGGAGGGAAAAAGAAGAGAAAGAACGUGAAGAAAUGGAAAGGAGAUUAAAUCAGGAGCGAGAAGAAAAAGAACGCAGAGAGUGGGAGAGACGAGAUCGAGAAAGAAGAGAGCGGGAAGAAAGAGAGCGACAGGAGGAAGAGAGGCGGAAAAACGAAGAGGCGGACUGGAAAUUAACGCUGGAAAAAGAGAGGCUCAAACACGAGCAGGAACAGAGAGAUAACGAAGCGAGGCGGCGAGAGGAUCAGCAGCGGCGUGAGCGGCAGGAACAGGAACGCAGGGACCGUGAAAGACAGGAGCAGGAGCGCAGGGCCAGGGAGGAGCGAGAGAGAGAAGAGAUGGAUGAAAAACUACAGGCAGAACGGAAGAAAAAGGACGAUCUGUUAGCAAAGUUAAAGGAUAUUGAUGAAGGAAAGAAUAAGAGCAAGGGCCCCGAGAAGAAGGAGGUGGAUACAUUCUUUGUUACGUCAGGAAACGUGGAUGUUGGGGAUAAGAAAACAGACAAAAAUAAGAAAAAGGAGAAGGAACCCGACAAUUUCUUGUUUUCUGCAAGUCGGAAGGACAGUGAUGGGGGCCUAGGAUCAGCCUCCAGUAAAAGUAGCUACACGUUUUCUAAACCAAUUGAAAAUAUGCAUUCAGGCAAACCGGCAAGAGAUGAUGUGACUGUUCCAUAUAUUGAAAAGAAGAAACAACAGAAGGCUCAGGAAGAUGUGGAUGAAUUUGGUGGAUACAUGCCGUCAUUCUCCAGCAACAAAACAACAUCGAAAACGACAAAGAAAAGUGGAGGAAUUGUGUUCAAUGACGACUUUUUGUCAUCGAAACCUCCACCAAAAAAGACAAAUAAAAAGAGUGAUUUAAUGUCAGAUCUAUUCGGCAAGCAAACAAAAACUACUAGUCAAAAUAUAGAUGACGAUGAUAUCUUUAAGCCAUCCACAACUAAGAAAACAACCACCGUGAAUUCAUCUAAUAAGAGUUCUUUCCCUUGGGAUGACGAUGAUUCAAAAACUACAGCAAAGAAACCUGCCACAAAGCGUGAGAAUUCCACCAGCGCGUUAUUCGGAGGUGGAAGUGCUCUCAUUGAUGAUGACUUUUCUACAAAAGACUCCUCUAAAAUGUUACCAAGGCGCCCGCGGCAGACAACCACCACAUUCCAGGCCAGGCCCGCGGUGACUGCGGUAGAUCAUUAUGAUGACGAUAUUGAGGAGAUAUUUUUCUGUCACUUUCCCGCAAAAAUUGAAAUGGAAACAGGUUCAUCUGUUUCAAAGGGGACUUUUGCAUUCAAAGGCAAGAAAAAAACGGUGGAUGCAGACCAGUAUUUUGGGAGAUUUGAUAAUGUAGGAACUCACAAGCAGCGAUUAGAUGUACUGCAGGAGACAUGGGAGUUAAUGGACACUCAGAUUCAGAUUUUAAGGUCCGAUUUGAAUUCUAAGAUAUUUGAUGAUUUGAUGAAGUUUGCCAAAUCUUCACAUGAAUCUUUUAUAUUGGGAGGAGCAAAAGUGGACAGCACAUCAAAGGAGAUUCCAACUGCAGCCUUUGUAACUGGGGUUAACACACCAGACCAUGGGGUGAUGUUUGCAAACUUAGUAGCCUCAUUACAAGAAAAUGUCAGCCCUCUGGUGGCCAUCCUCAAAUCUAAGGACUGUAACUCUGUUAAAAACACUCUAAGUAAAACCUUGACUCAACUGUUCCAAAAUCCACUGUUGUUUUCAGAUGAAGAGGAUGAUAUCUCCCAUAACAAAAAGAAUAUGACAUGUUCCAUGGCGACCCUUGUAUCUUGGUAUCAAGACAAAUACUCAUGUAGUAACUCUAGUCCAAAGAAGAGAAAGUCUGUCAGUGGGGGAUCCAGAGAUUUGGGGCAGUUUCCACCUAUUGUUAUUCUGUUUGAGGACCUGGAGUGUUUUCUACCUCAUGUUUUACAGGACUUUAUCUCUAUAUGUAGGAACUACAUAUGUGAGCUCCCUCUUGUAUUUGUGUUUGGUAUUGCCACAUCAGUAUCAGCUGUACAUCGACUCUUACCCAAUGCUGUGUCAUCAAUGUUGUGUAUGGAAAAGUUUCAGGCACCCCCCUCCACAGAGUAUCUUAAUAUGGUCAUCAACCAGAUCCUGAUGACCUCGGUGUACCCAUUCAAGCUGGGAUCUAAAGUCUUUCAGCUGUUGUUGGACAUCUUUUUGUACCAUGACUUCUCUGUACUCAACUUCAUCAAGGGACUGCAGUUUGCAAUGCAGGAUCACUUCUUCACGGUCCCUGUCAGCCAUCUUUGUUGUCCUCUGGAGGAACUAGAGGAACGAGUGAUGAGUCUGAAACCAAAACAAGUCGAGCAAGUCAGGCGACUCAUGUCAUUCAGAGGAUUUGUUGAGGGAUGUCCGCCGUCAAAACAAGAAGACAUGCUGUUAAAUGACAAAGUCACUAAGUCAGAAUUUGUGGUUUUGCUGAAGAGAAUCCAUACCUACCACUCCCUGCUGUAUCAAGUCCUGAAAUGUCUCCACAUCAUGGUGUCCAGAAUCCCCAAACACCCACUGGGGAAACAGAUUCGUGAGGUGUACUCCAGGGUGCUGAAGUCUUUUAUCUGUGAUUCCGAGGAUUACAAGGAGUGCUUAGAACUACUCAGAAUGACCUCUAAGGAUGAGCUGGUGGACCUGAUACAGCAGUGUCGAUCCUCCCUGGAGGGGACCCUGCCCCCUGACCUCGCUCAGCUCCCCACAGAUCUGGACAUCCUCCUGGAGAAGUUUGUCAAGAUUGAUGAGGUAACAGAAGAGGAGACACCAGAGGGCAGCACUGAGGAAGCUCUUCAUCUGGAGAAAACCGACCUUCACACUCUAAGAAAGAGAUUACAAGAGGAAGGAAAGAAGAAAAAGAAACUAUCUCCAUACGAAAAAUUGAGAUCUGAAGCUAUAGAUUUCUUUGAUGAGUUAUUCAGGAGGUACUUGAUAUGCCCCUCCUCCCUGCCCCUGUACGAGAUAUUUUACUACGAUGCGUGGGUGGAGAUUAAGCGACACUGUAACGCCUCUCCUAGAUCUGUCGUCCAGAUGGCGCUCAGUUCCCCGCAUCAUUAUCUACAGUGUAAAUGCUGCAGUUCUGAGUCAGGUUCCAUAACUCCGUCCAUGCCUGAUAUCUGUAUUGCCUACAAACUUCACCUAGAGUGUGCCCAGCUAAUUAACUUAUAUGACUGGCUACAGGCUUUCGCUACUGUGGUGAUGUCCGAUGAAGAAUUAAAUGAAGAAAAGAUCAAGAACCCAGACAAGGAACUACAAGCCCGGUUUAUCAGGGCCGUGUCUGAACUUCAGUUUCUAGGAUUUGUGAAACCAACCAAGAGGAAAACAGAUCAUGUGGCUCGCCUCACAUGGGGUGGUUGCUGAGUAAAUAGAGGGAUGGAUUCUAGAGUGGUAAAUCAA